UUCAUUAAACCGCAGUCGUCUGGUCGUCGCUGUCGUUGCUCUCGCGCGGACGUCGUCGCUGCUCUGCCGACUUAUUGUUAUUGUUUUUACUUUAAAGUGCUAGUGUUUUUUUUUAUUUGGCAGCUGAAGACACGCAUUCGCUCCAACUGCGCAGGGACACCGCCUACAAUUGAAGCAGCAGCAGCAGCAACACGAAGUGCAACAACGACUCAAUGUGCUAAAGUGCCUUGGGUGAAAUAUGCAACGAUGUGACCCAAACCGGAAGAAGCCGACAGCAGCAGCAGUAGCAGCAGUAGCAGUAGCGGACAGCAGUAGCAGAAAGCAGCGAGAGCUCAUCGUGAAGACAACAUACGCAUUAGCGGAGACAACAACCAACUGUACAACAAAUUGCUGAACCAAACAAACAAUACAAAACGCCGAGAGCGAGUAGACUGAGCAACGAGUGGGCAAAGAGAACAACGAGCACGAAUACGAAACAAGAACGAGAACGAGUACAAGAGCGAGAGCGAGAAGAAAAGCGAGAGCGAGAGCGAGAGCGAGAGAACAAGGAUUAACGGCAUGCCCAGCACGGCAGGCAGUGCGGCCGGCGUCGGAGUUGGCGCACUGAUCAACAGUGCCGGGAGCAGCGCCAGCAUGGGAAUUGGCGUGGGCGGCGGCGGCAGCGGUGCAGCGAGUGCUGGCAGCAGCGCUGUGGCUGCAGCCAGCGCUGGCACAUUGAUAGCCCAGAGCACGGCGGGCACCAGUGCCGCCAGUGGCACCAUCACCUGGGAUAACAAUGGCACCCUGCGCUCCAUUAAUCCAGGAGAUUGGUCGAUUGAACAGUGCCUCAUUUGGCAGCAGCCGCAUCAUCUGUACUUUCAGCUGGGCUGGGCCUUUCUUUUUCUGGCCUUUUUGGCGCCGCACGGUCCAUUUGGUUCGCUUUGGAUGCGCGCCACCCUGCUCAUUGGGUGCAUCAUGAUGGGCAUGUACGGUUACCUGAUUGAGUGCACACCGGAUGUGGUGCUCUGGUCCGGGCUUGGCAUUGGCAUCAACUUUAUCUAUCUCAUUGUGGUGCUCUGUCGGCUGCGUCCAGUGCGUUUCGAUCAGGAAAUUGAAGCGGUGUACGUGGCGCUUUUUCAGCCGCUGUGCGUGACACGGCAUCAGUUCAGAAAGGUGCUCAAUUGCAUGAAGGUCAUCAGGGCGCUAAAAUACCAGGAGGUCUAUGCUCAGGAGAAGGUCACCAAAGUGGACAGCCUGUCGCUGGUGCUGAGCGGCAAAUUGGUCGUCUCGCAGCAUCAGCGGGCGCUGCACAUUGUGUUUCCCCAUCAGUUCCUAGACUCGCCAGAGUGGUUUGGCGUCUCGACCGAUGACUAUUUUCAGGUGUCCAUUAUGGCCAUGGAGGAGUCGCGUGUGCUCAUCUGGCAUCGGGACAAGCUCAAGCUGUCGAUAAUGGCCGAGCCAUUCCUGCAAACUGUAUUCGAUCACAUACUGGGCCGUGAUGUGGUCAAAAAGCUGAUGCAGGUGACACAGGUGAGCGAAUCGAUAGCCAGCAACGGUUUCCUGCCCUCGGGCGGCUAUGCGGAGGAUGCUGAGGACAAGCCCAUGCUCAUACUGAAGAAGAGCGUCGAUGUUGGCCACGGACUGACGGCGCUCAUCAAUCGCCAGCUGCAGGCUCUGCCCAGGAUAUCGAAGUAUUAUGAUUGUGCCGGCGAUCCCAAUUCCUGGCGUCUGGGGCGGAUCGACGAGACUGAUCAUGAGACGGCCGUGUGAAAGCGCAUCACCAUAUAGAUAUUAACAUAUAUAUAUAUAUUGUAUGUAUACCCAAUGCGUGUAUAUAUAGGAAGCGAAAACAGUUCGCAUCAAUGUGGGACAGGACAAUGUUUAGACUUGCGUUUUUGAGUAUUAUUAGAGGUAUAUCUUAGGCAACAUAUGAACAUAUACGCAUUCGAAUAGCAGACAGCAGACAGAGAGCGCAGCAUACAUGAAGGUAUUCAUGCUAUAUAUAUAUAUAUAUAUAGUUGGGUAUACGCAUUGACAGCUAUUUCACAGAUGCGCUUAGAAGAAGGGUCAUCAAGUGCAUGAUGAUUGAGCAAAUGUAUUUUUUUAAUAUAGAAACCUAAGAGUACACUACACACAAUUAAAUAUAGUAUUAGUUUGUAUGUGUAUGGUAUGCUAAAAAUAAGUAUGUAACUUUGUAUGAUCGGCCAUUGGAUGCCUAAACUAUUCAGAGUUUGAAUUCGGCAAUCGGCAGCCCCAUUUAGUGACUUAUUCGAUACGAUUUCCCACAUUCGCAUUGAGUUACAAGUAUAUUAAUAUAAAUAUCUAUAUAUAUUUUUUUUUUAUAUAUACAUAUAGGGUAAAUCACAUUAAAUGAACUCUCUUUAGAAUCGAUUUCUAUAUAUUUCUAUAUAUUUUCGAGCUGAACUGAAGGACCUACAUGUUUUCCUUUAAGGUCUGCUAGUUUUCUGUACAAAUUUAAGAUCAUUCGCAAUUGGGUUUGUUAGGGUUUGUUAGUAAGGCUAUUCAUAUUCAUACGAAUUGGUUUGAGUAUACAUUUCGAAGAUAGGGAGAGAGUUGCUUAAAUUUGUAAUUUUGAUAACAUUAGACAUAAAACAGCAAUACAAAUUGUUGAUCUGGCCGAAUUGCGGCAUUCAGAUACCCGUUGAUUAUGUUGAUAAAUUUCUUAGAUCUGAAUCAGAGCUGUAGGGUAUUAUUCAAUUUCAGAAUUCAAAAUUUGAACGCAUUGCCAACUAUUUGGUUUACACGGGAACAAGUUUGUUUAUUUUAAUAGUUAACCUUAAAGUAUGCUACAAAUAUUUGAAAUAUUUCCAACGAAUUGUUAAUACAACCUUAGGAAUCAAAGUCGUGAGUGUAGCUGAAUAACAAUCUAGACAAGCCUCGAUAUGCUAGGCCACAAAAAAAAAGAAGAAAAAAUAAAAAAACAGAUAUAUACAAAAACAGUUGAAGCGGCCAUAACAUUUCGGACGCCACUGUAGAAAACGCCAUGCUAAGAGUCCAUUGCAUACUUCUUGGUGCUGCAUGUAAAUGCUCAGAGUAGUAGAGAGAAUGUUGAAGAAUAUGAUGCAUAAUUUUGAUGACAAUGUGUUUGUUCGACACGCCCCCAACUUUCGCCCAAAACCAAACAAAAAGCCAUCCCCCAGCCCACCCAAACGAAUAAAAAACGCACCCCAUACAAAAAGAUUGUCUGAAAUUUAAGUAUUAUAUAUUGUUAUAAUUGAUUUAAAGUAUUAUAAUAAAUAUUUAUCUAUAUUUAUUGUUGUUGGCGUGAAUGAAUUUUUGUCAAUCAAAAUUUAACUUUAGACGUGUAAGCCUAGCAAAUUCUAAACAGAAAAACAAAAAACAAAGACAAUUGAGUAAAGCAAAAUUAUAAUAACUAUAAUACGAAUAAUACUGAA